UUCACUUUUAGUUCUGUUCUUGCUUUCUUCGGUUUAAUUACAUACAACACAGGAAAUACAAUCUACAUCUUUUAGUUGCUUUGCUUUGUCUUGCCACCGUCGUCUUCGUUGUCGAAUAAAAUAAAAAUACAACGGAUUUGUUUUGAUUUGCUUGAUGAUUUUUUAGCUUGUCUCGUCUGCUGCUGCUGUCAGCAGUUAAACAAUCCCAGAGAUACAAGAAAAAAACUUCAAAAAAGGAAGAGUGGAGAAAGAUGCAAAGCAUCUCCCUGUGAAUACCAAAGAAAAAAACAAAAAUAAAAACAAUGACAAUAAUAGUUUAAACUAUUUAAAAGAAAAUGUAUUAAGUGCAAUAACAAAUUGUGAAAGUGUAUAAAUAAAGAAAAAAAGAAAAUAAAGAAUAUUUGAAAAAUCAUAUUUUGCUCGGAUAGCCAACCAGAACUGAGUGCUAAAAUGUGUAUGUGACAGCAUCUGUGCGGGGACCUCAAUGUGUACUUUUCUGAAGGCUCUUUUUGUUUUUGCGGAUGCUGCAAAAAAUAUUAUUUUAAAGAAAAACAAAAUAUAUGUUCUCAAUACUCAAUAAAUAAAUUAUCAGUGUUGCUUUUGGAGCCAAUUUUCCGAGUCUAUUCAAAAAUAUAUAAGUGAACGACGAGUGUAUAAUAAUUUAAAUAACAAGUAAACAUUGCUUUUGUUAUACAUAUAUAUUCAACAACCACAACUAUAACUACGUGUGGCUACGUCUGGCUGUAACGUAUAUAGGAAAAGCCACAAUAUUAUUUUCAAACAUACAUACGUAUGAGUCUGCCCAUCGAUUGCGUUGUAUAUAUAAAAAACAACAACAAGAAAUUAUAACAUAAUUUCGUUUUGAAUUCAUCACAUCACUUGUUGUUGUAGUCGUUGUUAUUGUGUUAAUUUAUUUUAAUUGAACUCGAUUUUAUUCGUCGCCGUCGUCUUCAUCGUUCUAUGGAAUAGCAACAGUGCGCCAUCGAACAACAUCAAGAUAAGGAUCUAUUUUACAGAUGUACAACAGCAGCGGACGCUCAAUUUGGAAUCCCAUGUGAUGAAACACAAAUGUACAUCAACACCACAGGCAGUGUCAUCAGCAACGCAACUGCUGCAAUAAAUGUCCCUUGAAAAAAAAAACCGGCGACGAGGUGCAACGGCUACCAAAGCCUUUUGGUGACACAACAAUAAACAACAGCAACGACUUUUUGCUGGUGCUGCUGAACGUGUGACUCAUGCGGCUAAGGCUGCAUCAUAUGCCUGCUCCACACCAACUUAAUUUAAUUAAAUUGAAAAAUCAAAUUCAAACUGAAAAUUUGAAAAAACGUAAAAAGAGAAGACCUUAGCAGCAGCAAAAAAAAAAAAAAAAAAAUCAACACACUAAAAGGAAAAAUCCUAAAAAAAGAAACAGGAGAGAAGAAGAUCUACAGCAGCGCUAAUUAACGAAGCAUAUCAAAAAAAAAAAGUUCUGUUGCUUUUCUUGCACUUGAGCACAAUAAAUUUAGAACCAAAACCAAAAACAACCAAAGAACAAAAAUCACUAAACACCAAAGUCUGAUCAAGUUAAACUGAAAAAGAAACACCCCGCCCGCCCCCAAAAAAACAAUAAAAAUUAUAUUUUAUAUAAUUUUUCUAAGUAAACUAAUUUUAAUUAUUAAUGCCUUAAACAUGUCGGGAAUAUUUCGCAGUAAUUCCAUGUCAAAUCACAGCAAUGAUUCAACGCCCAAUAAACGCUUUUCGUUCAGUGCAUUUUGCACCAGCCCGGGUACUCUACAAGAUGUGACAAUGGACAAUCCAUAUGGUGUGGGCUAUCGUUCACCCUGUGUCAGCCUACAGCAGCCAUUCCAAGGCUCAACCUCUCCGGCGGGCCAAGGCAGAUCUGUGAGGGAAUUUGAGGAACAGAUGGCCACAUUGCGCAAAGAGAAUUUCAAUUUAAAAUUGCGUCUGUAUUUCAUCGAAGAAAGUAUACCAGGCUAUCAGCAGGCCUCAAAUUCCAGCGAGGGCCAGGAGACCCUAAUGAAACAGCUCAUUGAUGUCCGGGUCGAAAUGGAAAUUUUGCGCAAAGAAAUCCAGGAAAAGCAGGAUCUUCUGAAAGAAGCCGCACAGGCCAUGACACAAAUGGAGAAGAUACAAAAGGACACCGAGCUGAGAUAUCAGGAAAUGAUUGAUGAACUUAAGCAAAAGAUACAGUACAUGGAAAUGGAUGGUGAAAUGGAAAAGGCAAAGUCGGGACAUGCUAACACGGAAUCGAUGAGUGAUUUACUGGGACGUUCAGAGAUCAAUGAAAACAUGAAUGCCUUGCAAAGGAUACGCGAUCUGGAAUCGUUAUUGAAACAAUCCGAUGAAAAACUGGAAGAUUUCCAACAGCAAAUAACCAAACUGGAUGAAAUUCUGGCCAAGCGUGAUGAAACCAUCCAGGAGUAUGAGGAAAAAGUCAAGGAACUGGUCUUCCAAAAUGCCGAGCUAUUGGAAUCGGUGGAAAAUCGUGAUCUAGAAUUGGCCACGAAAGAGACUCAACAGCUAAAACAGGAUUUGCAAAAAUGUAAAAUGGAAGUGGCAGAUAAAAUGUGUUUGGUGCAGGAAUUGGAAGAUAAACUGAGCAAUCGCGACCAACUGUACGACAAGGCACGUUUUACCAUACAAAAAUUAAUGUUGCACAUUAAAAAUCAGCAGGCUGAAAUAAAUCGUCUCAAGAAUCACAAUUCCAGUCAGUCUUCGUCGGCGAAUAACAAUAAUAACAACAACACGGCCAAUAAUGACAAAGAGAAUGCUAAUAGUGCCGUUGGCUUAAGUGGCCUAGAAGUUACCGGUUUCUGUCCCUCGCUCAGUGAUUCAGAUGCCAUACAGGAUGCCAUGCCAUUGGCCCAAAAACAAAAAUAUGAAACAAUUAUUCAGGAACAGGAGACGGUUAUUGAAACCUUGAAGGCAGAUAUUAAAAAGAAAACGGCUGAUCUGCAGCACUUCGUCAACAAGGAGUUGUGGGAGAAAAAUCGAGAAAUUGAACGUCUCAACAAAAUCUUGAAUAACAAUUCCGCCACAAAUGGUAGCCCCACAUCCCCGAAGAAUAACAAUACCAGUAACAACAACCUAAGUCAAGAAGGUGGUGGUGGCGGUGAGUUGCAGCAAUCCUUUUCCGAUGUGGAAUAUGCCAAGGCCGUGCAACGCAAUAAGCUAUUGCAACGUAAAGUUGAUAUUUUACUACAACGUUUGGGUUCGGAGCGCAAUGCCGAUGCUGUUAUUUCACAAUUACGCACCGAACUAAAACAGGCUCGGGCCGAUGCUGAACAUGCCGAAAAAUGGCGACGCCAAUGUGGAGAUUUAUGUGCCACACUGUCAACACGUUUGGAGGAGCUGGCUGGCUUCCUGAAUUCCCUGCUGAAGCACAAAGAUGUCUUGGGUGUUUUGGCCGUGGAGAAACGUAAGGCAAUGCGUCGGGCUGUCGAUCGCAGUCUGGACUUGUCGAAGAGCUUAAAUAUGACUCUUUCCGUUUCCGGUCUUUCCAUGAUUGACCACUCGCUGGCUGAGUUACACAAUUUGUCAGAUAUUCUAGGGGAUGUUGAGGCUGGUCUGGCAAAUGAAACAUUUAAUUCUCACGAAGAGUUACAUGCUGUCAGCUGUGUUAGUGGCCAACAACAGCCGUCCAUUGAAAGUCUGAAGGCUGAAAAUAAGGCCUUGAAAAAGGAAUUGGAUAAGCGACGAAAUGCUGAAAACAAAAAGGAGAGGAGGUCUCUGCCCCUUAGUGUCAUGUUGGAGAAUCGUGAAAGUGAAUCGGAAGCCUGGUCAGAGCCUGAUCGUAAGGUUUCCCUGGCACGCAUUGGCUUGGAAGACCACUCGGCCUCGUUAAUGCCUCCAAAUACUAAGGAACCCUCCUCUACCCAACAAGCCGAAACCGACAGUGAUUACAGUGAAUCCGGUCAAUUGGAUAGCCGCAAUAUGAAAUCUUCCCGUACCCAGGAACGUAUCAAUCAAUUGGAACAAAUAAUACAACAACGCGAUAAUCGCAUACUCGAAAUACAAAAUCAAUUAGCCGAGGCUGAUAACAUGCUGCGCAAAGAGAAAAUGAAGGUAGAGGAAUACACCGAAGAAUUGGAGGAACUGAAGAUGCGCAACAAAGAACUUCAUGAUGAUUUGGUAGCUAUAGGUUCCCACGAACCAUCCACCCCUGCCCACGAUGAAUCCAUGCUAUUGCAGCAAAUUGAGGAGAAAUCUCGUUCUCUGGAAAAAAUGCAAGAGGAACAUGAACGCCUGAUAAUGGAGUCACGUUUGGCAGAAAUGCAAAUUAAUUCGCUAAAGGAUGAAAUGGAAAAUAUGAAAAUGAGACACGAUGAGGCUAUGCAAAAAGCCAACGAACAACAAAAACAACAAUUGGCCAUGUUGCGACAAGAAAUGGAUACUAUUCUGCAGGAGUCAUUGCAGGCCAAACAACAGGAAGUGGAUGAGUGUCGCAAACAAUUGGGCGAAUUGCAGCUGCACUUUAUGGAGGCCCAACGCAACAUAGAAUGCCUGCAGGAGAAUGAACAUGAACUGAAACAAACACUGGUCGAGUCUGAGUUGGCGGCCAGAAAUUUGCAGAAACAAAUCGAUGAGAGCACCCUGAGAGCCUCCAAGGCCACCACAGAACGUGUAAAGGCUCUCAAUGAAAAAUUGCAAUUGGAAAAACGUCUCGAGGAAUUGUCUCAAGAAUUGGUGGCAUAUCAAACGGAACGUAGUCAAUUACAACAGCAAGUACAACAAUUGGAGAGUGAACAAUCACAGCUAAUGGAACGAUUGGCCGAGGCCCAGCGUCUGGCUGAAGAGGCAGCUGCACAAACAUCCAGCCGAAAUGUAGAAAAGAAGUCGGAUGAUACCUGCCAAUCCGGCUAUACAUCUGAAGAAGUUCCCCUCACAAUGGCAAGCGGUGCACAAACCGUGGCCCAACAACGUCUGGGUGAACAACGUAACGCACAAAACUAUUCACCCGACUUGGGUAUAGAAAGUGAUGCAGGACGUAUAUCAAGUGCCGAGCUGAGCAAUGCGCAAUUGCCGCUCUUGAAGACGGUGGAAAUUAGUCCGAAUAAGGAAAAUCUAAAUGUAACUGAAGAACCUUUGGAUUCCAGUUUGGAAAAUAUCAAACCAUCUAAUUUACCACCCAAUGCAGCUGCGUCGUCAUCCAGUGCAGUUGGACAAGAAAAUCUCGCCUUUAAGAAACACGAUUGUGCCAAGGUAGAGCAAGAGAACGCUGAAUUGCGUCGCAAAUUGUUGCGCACAAAACGUGCCUUCGAAGACACCUAUGAGAAAUUGCGCAAUGCUAACCAGCGCAAAGCACAAAUCGAAAAAGACAUUAAAAAUCAAAUACUCAAAACGCACAAUGUCCUCAAGAAUGUUCGUUCCAAUAUGGAAAAUGAAUUGUAACGACGAUUUGUUAUUUUGGCCAUGGAAGAACAUCGAUCGUUAGUUGUCAUCAAAUAAUGCCAUAAACACUAUCACACACAAACACACACACACACCCAUUAAAGACACUUGUUUUGUUUAAUUUUAAUUUGUAUUUUUAUAUAAAAAAACUUAAUUUAUUUUCUCAAUGUCAUUACUUUCAAUAAUGUAGUUAGUUAUUUUUAGAUGAGUAUAUAUGUAAAACAAAAAACAAAACGAAUGCAACGAACUUUCCUAAUCCUGCUGGUAACCAGAAACCACCAACCAACACAAGACUUACAUUUAAUAUCCUUCUCCAAAUGCCAUAUAAUUUUAAGUUUGUUCCAUGUAUUAUUAAUUAUUACUACUUAAAUUUAAUGCCACACACACACCCACGUACUCACACACAUACACCAUAAUACGACUCAUGCCCUUAAUUUUAGUUUGUAACGAGUUGAACGACCAACAAAUAACCAAAUCUACGAUCAUCAUUCAUAUUGAAUGAAUUGUUUUCUCUGCAAUGCACGAUUUAAAAAAAAAAAAAAACUAAUUUUUAAUAACAAAUAAAUAAAACUCUACCCAUUUAAUAA